CUCCCCUUCCAUUUUGCCAUUUGCUCCAUUUUCUUUGGUCUUGUAUUGGUGGCUCUCAUUCGUGUUUCUAUUUCAUUUCCUUUCAUUUCUUUCACUAUAUCCCCCUCCCCCUCCUUCACCUCUCCCUCCCGCCCCCUCCAAUUCUCCUCGCCCGUUGUUCGGAUAGGUCGUUACCGUUAACCUCGUGGUGUUGCCCCGUUAUCAUAUCAUACCUUGACUUUCUUGCUCCUUACGGUGAGGCUCGACCCUGCCACCGUUCUGGGGUGACAACCGGGAACUUGCUGCGGUGCUCCGUGUAAGAAGCCGCAUUUCUCGGCGUUUUUUUUUUUUUUUUCCUUUGCUCUCUGGCUUCGCUCUAACUGUUCAUCUCCCGGGGAGCGUGUCCGCAAGCUCUGAUUCAUUAAAUUAUUUAUUAUUAUUUUUUAUCUUCUUGCUGCGAAUACUUAACCUCAUCGCUAUCCAUCACCCUUACGAUCGGGGUGGGUGCCUCACGCCGGCAUACCAUUACGGCCACUCCUGCAGUAUUGAGUUAAAUAUCCUCUGCUUUAAUAUCCCGGCACAGCUCCCGAGGUUUCUUUCUUUUGGUUACACAGUGCUUGGUUGGGGAGCUGAUGAAUUUCGGAAACAACUUUGCUACAAAACCUGUGCCCUGGAAAGCUAAUAACUAAAAAGCUAUCUUCAUCUUCUCCCCACACUUUUAGAGGGACUUGACUUGGGGGCUCUCCGGAUAGAAUGGCGACGGUUCGUGAUCUACUUUUCUUUUUUGUUACUGCUGACUGAACCGGUUGAUCCGUUGCAGGCCAACCCUGAGCGUGCGCAACCUCACAAGAGCCCUUCUGAGUCACUGCGGCUUGACGAUGAAACCCUACGGUAUCUACCAAUUACUUCUCCACGCGUUUCUGUUGGGGUCCCUGACGGAUUAUCUAGGCUGGUUGGGCAAAUGGUCAUGAUAGGAUUCGAAGGGCUCGCCGUGACCCCCGAGAUCCGGAUGAUGAUUGAGAAAUAUUAUGUUGGAAACAUACUCUUGACACGGCGGAAUAUUCAAGGUCGGUGCAUUUCUGGCCCUGGAACUGUGGGGAUUUGUGAGGAUUUUGGCGACGGCCCGGCUCUGACAAAUGCAUAGAUGGUGUUCAAUUAGCACGCCUGACGCAAGAACUGCAGAAUAUUGCACAAUCAGCAGGAUUUCAGAGGCCCCUCAUUAUUGGUAUAGAUCAGGAAAAUGGAAUGGUACGCUACAAAUACACCCCUUCGAAUGUCAUGCAUCGUUGUGGCCCCACCUGUGUCUGUGUUACACCUCGGCUAACGUGGUACAGAUAAGUCGAUUAGGCGACGGAAUACGAGGAACUCAUUUUCCCGGGUCAAUGGCUCUAGGAGCAACUAGGUCGCCAAGUCAAGCCUUCGACGUUGCCAAAGCUACGGCCAAAGAGUUGGUGGCUGUGGGGAUCAACUGGAACUUUGCUCCUUUACUGGAUGUGGUCAGUGAAUCAAACUCAUCUGUGAUCGGUGUCAGGGCUUUUGGGGAUGAUCCGCAGGUAGUGGGACGGUAUGGUGUUGCCUUCGCUGAAGGACUGAGAGCUGGGGGCAUCGGCCAUUGUGCAAAACACUUUCCUGGCACCGGACAGAUAAUAAAUAAGGACGGGAGUAGGAGCUCUACUUUUAACUUCAAAACUCGCGAUGAGCUGGGUACAAAUGAGUUGAUUCCCUUUCGGAGGGCGGUGUCGGCAGGACUGGAUAGUGUCAUGCUGACCUCCUCGAUCUGGGGGGAAAGCCUGCGAGGUGAUCGGAGAAUUGCGGUUCCAGCCGAUGCAAAGCAUAUUAUUCAUGACGUACUUCGAAGGCAGCUGGAAUAUGACGGACUCACGGUGUGCGAUGUGACAGACAUGCCUGGCUAUGGACAGGGGCUCGAUGUUGGGGAGGCAGCAGUAAUUGCCGUCAAGGCUGGUUGUGACAUGCUUCAAAUAUAUGACAAGCCUGAAGCCCAAAGAAAAGCAAUUGAGGCCGUGUACGAGGCUAUUGGGACUGAGGAGAUAGCUACGAGCGAUAUUUAUCGUUCCUCGGGGAGGGCGCUGCAACUGAAAGAGCAUUAUUUGAGUUGGAGGACUGCUCUUGCAGCUCCAGACCCCCAACGUUUGUCUUCUCUCAUGCAGGAACAUCGGGCUUUGGCGCGAACGGUAUACGAAAAUUCAAUAACAGUGGUCCGAGAUGAAAAGUCGUUGCUCCCGUUGUCUUCGCGGAUCAGGAGCACUGAUAACAUCCUCCUCCUGACCCCGGUUGUAAGGCCACUCUAUCACCGGGCGCUAGAUGAACUUCCAAUAGACCCAUUUGAGUGUUUGGGUCGAGCCCUUGCUCGACAUCAUCCGAAAGUUAGGCAUGCGCCCUAUACAGUGCGGGGUAUUACCUCUACACAUGUUGCUCUCAUAAAGCGGGCAGCAGCUGUUAUUUUUGUGGCAGCCAAUGCGAACCGUCCGAAUACCAAUUCGCAGCUUGAAACUGCCGGAGCGGUUCACCGCCUCUGUCUGAAUAAACCUCUAGUAACGCUAGCUGCUUGUGAUCCCUAUGAACUUUUGACUGAUAGGACAUGUGAGAAGGUCUCGAUCUCUGUUCUUUUGCUGUGGCUGAUGUCGUGUAGUUGGGACAUAUAUGUGUACCUAUGAAUAUUCUCCGAUGGCCCUGGAAACAGCGGCUGCUGUGAUAUUUGGCGAACGCCAUGCUUCAGGGUCGCUCCCUAUCAGUAUACCUGGCACGCCGGCCCUUCGCCAACAGCGUUUGUGGUUUGUUGAGGUAUGGGAAAAGAGACGAGACCUUUUUGCCUCAGCAGACUUAUGGCGAGAUUGCUUAGGGCGGAAAUGGCCACUGGACGCAAGCACGCUCAGUGCUUUGCUAGAUCGCCCCGGUUAUUCGAAACACUUUGUAGUCCGCCGCGCCAUGACCAACGAGCUUUUGGGGCUUGUUGCAACUUACACCGUUAUGGCUGGCCCUUCCCAACUUGUCGGAAGCCUGGCUUUGUUAAUCGUUCGACCUUCCCAUCGGUGAGUGUGAUGUUUAGGAUAUCCAUAUCCUCGACUCUUUCUUUGCCUUGUCAUUUGCUAAACAUUCUUCUCACAUCUGAUGGUGAUGUAGGAAUUUGGGGAUUGGGCUGUCUUUGCACGAUGUAGCAGUUCGGCAUUUGUCCAAACAACAAGGAAUAUCAUCAUUGCAACUCGGAAGUAUAUUCCCCCGCCUGUUUCCUGGCUUGCCCGUCGAUUUACCUAGCGAGGAUCUUUCUUGGUUUGCGCAUCGGGGCUGGAAGCUUGAAGACAAAUUUCUGUACGACCUGUACAUGCAGAUCGACACAUGGUCAGUUCCAGAAGGGGGCAUGCCCCCGCUAUAUGAAAAGGGGGUCUCUUUCAGUUGUUGCAAUGCCGAUCAAUUCGAUGCUUUGAUUGAGUUUGAAGAGAAGAAUUUUGGCACGUACCUUGGUUGGGUGGACAAAUACCAGGCGUUGAAGGCUACGGAUGAUAUAGCGGAUGCCAUGAUUGCGUAUACGAGUCAAGGGAUCGUUGGAGCAGCUUUGAUUUUCAGUCCAGUCGGGAAUAAUCAGAUUUCGAAAGACAUACCAUGGCCGAAGAUGAUAGGAGAGCGGGUCGGCGGUAUAGCCUGCAUGGGGGUCAAAGGUGGGUUAUUUUCUGUUGUUGAUGGCCUCGUGCUUUGCUAAUAUGCAUCCACCCUCCAGCCGAAUGCAGGGGCCAAGGAGUUGGUCUUGGGUUAAUAUGUGCUUCUAUAAUGGAGUUGAAGCAACGUGGACUUCGAGGUUGUUUCGUAGACUGGGCCGAUUUUGAAGGGACUUAUAAAGAACUAGGUAUGUCGUUGUGGGAUACAUAUGAGUAUGAGGAUUGAUGGGAUAGCCUGGCUGACCGCUGUGUUAGGGUUUUCACAAUGGGGCAAGUACAGAGAGAUCUGGAGGAACGUUUAG